UUCUUCCUCCCGUCUGAGUUCUGCCCCAACAUAAAUACAAAACGACGUCGCUUUCAAGCUUUUCCUCUACCUUUGAACCAAUUUAUUACACCUACAACGCACUUCCCGGGGUUGCUUCUGCUGCACACACUUAGCCUCACCCAACCCCGCCCCUGCGCGCGUUAUUAACUUUGCUUAGCUCCAAAUCCUUGGUGGCACAGCUGGAUCCACAAUUUGUUAAUUGUGAUGUUAAAUCGAGGCUUUUGAUGUUAGGGUUUGAUGAUUGAGUUUCGAAGGGAGUCUCUGGGGAUUUGAGCUGAAGCAUAUUGUUAAUCUUUCAUUCUGUGGGCGCGUUUUGCUUUUUUUUUUUUUUUUUUUUUUUUCAGUAAUGGAGGUGGAGAAAGGUCGGUUGCAGAAUCAGAGGAGGACGUUUGACGAGGUGUCGAUGGAGAGAAGUAAGAACUUUGUCACGGCAUUACAGGAACUCAAGAAUCUGAGGCCGCAACUUUAUUCGGCAGCCGAAUAUUGCGAAAAGUCUUAUCUUCACAGUGACCAAAAGCAAAUGGUUCUGGAUAAUCUUAAGGAUUACGCUGUAAGAGCUCUCGUCAAUGCCAUCGACCACCUCGGUACCGUUGCAUACAAGUUCAGUGAUAUUCUUGAGCAGCAGACACUGGACAUCUCUUCCAUGGAUCUAAAAGUCACCUGUUUGAAUCAGCAACUUCUGACAUGUCAAACAUAUGUGGAUAAAGAAGGUCUUAGGCAGCAGCAGUUAAUAGCCAUAAUCCCAAAGCAUCACAAACAUUAUAUAUUACCGAAUUCUGUGAACAAGAAGGUGCACUUUAGUCCACAUAUACAAACUGAUCCUCGGCAACCUAUCCAAGCAAGAGCUCGUCUGUAUGCUUCAGGUGCUGCUGCUGCAAAAACUCUCUCUUGGCAUUUAGCAUCUGAAACCAAGUCAACCUUGAAAGGCUCUUCGCGUGGUAUUAUCAGCACUGAGGACUCAAAAGCAAAUGUUAAAACAUCUGGUCCAUCAAACUUGUUAGAUGUUGAAGAGAACACCAGGUUGAGAUCCACGCCAGCUUCAAGUGUAGCAAUGCAAACAUUGGGUGUUACGCAACGGGAAUCUUUGGAGGGCUCCAAACCUUUAACUCCAUUCAGGUCAUUUGGUAGUCCAACUCACAAGGAGAUUGUGCGCCCCCCUGUUCGAAGUAAGAGUAUGCUUUCAUCGUUCUUUGUGAAGCCCAAGGCACCGAAAUUGAAGACAAAUGCAUGAAUGAACCACUGACCAAAUUAUCAUCGAGCUUUAUGUCAUUGAAUCCAUCAAUCAGGUUAGAGGGAAUUGUCCAUACUCAUCUACUGUCCUUGUCCCUUCCCUAUUCAAAUUCAACAGUUUCUGAAAAUUAAUAAGCUGUUGAUCAAAUGGUAUUCUACUUAUGUGUAUCGAUAAACUAGGAAUGAGUGCAUUACAUUUAUAGUUGAAAGUCAUAAUCAGAUACACCAAAUAGUUAGCCAAUCUAGUCAGUCAUAUGUACAUGUCCAUUUAAACAGACUCCAUUUCCUUUCCUUUUUCAUUCAUUGGGUUGUCUGUGAUUGACAUACAGCCUUGGUGGUAAUGGUUCCUGAGGGUAUAGGCCAGUUGCCCUAUGCUCUUUGCCUUUGCUGGGCCCAAACCCAUCAAGGUUGUGUUUGUUGUGUCCUGUACUAUCUUGCCCUCUUACCAUUAAUAAUGUUGUAUUAGUUUCUGGGCAGUAAUGAAACUAUCACUUGUACAAACAUCAUGAGUUAUGCAUUCAUUAUUAGUAUUAUUAUUUAUCAAAUUGAUUCA